UGCGGGGAGGGGGCGCAAGAUGGCGGCGCCUGCUCCGAGGCGGCGGCGGAGUUUAUCACACGGUGGAAAGUAGAAGCCAAACUGCACAUUAACGAUGCCUGGCAGAGUCUGCUGCUGUGCUGCCUUGCGCCCUCGUUACAAGCGCCUGGUGGAUAACAUAUUCCCUGAAGACCCCAAAGAUGGCCUCGUCAAAGCCGAUAUGGAGAAAUUGACCUUCUAUGCUGUCUCUGCUCCUGAGAAGCUUGAUCGAAUUGGUGCCUAUCUAGCAGAGAGGCUCAGCAGGGAUGUUGUCAGACACCGCUACGGCUAUGUCUUCAUUGCCAUGGAAGCCCUGGACCAGCUCCUCAUGGCUUGCCAUUCCCAAAGCAUCAAGCCGUUUGUGGAGAGCUUCCUCCACAUGGUGGCCAAGCUGCUGGAGUCCGGAGAGCCCAUGCUGCAAGUCCUGGGAACCAAUUCGUUUGUCAAAUUUGCAAACAUCGAGGAGGAUACGCCUUCCUAUCACCGUCGGUACGACUUCUUUGUGUCUCGCUUCAGUGCCAUGUGUCAUUCCUGCCAUAAUGACCCAGAAAUCCGGAAUGAGAUCCGUAUUGCCGGAAUCAGAGGCAUCCAGGGGGUGGUCCGCAAAACUGUGAAUGACGAGCUCCAAGCCAUCAUCUGGGAGCCUCAGCACAUGGACAAGAUCGUUCCCUCGUUGCUGUUUAACAUGCAGAAGCUAGACGAUGCUGACAGUCGAAUUGGCCUGCCCUCGUCUCCAACAGGAGGCGAUAAAGAGGAGAACCCGGCUGUGCUGGCUGAGAACUGCUUCCGAGAACUGCUGGGCCGCGCUACCUACGGGAACAUGAAUAAUGCGGUCAGACCAGUCUUUGCACAUUUAGGCCAUCACAGGCUAUGGGACCCCAACGAAUUCGCCGUCCAUUGCUUUAAAAUCAUUAUGUACUCGAUACAGGCACAGUAUUCUCAUCAUGUAAUACAGGAAAUCCUGGGGCAUCUUGAUAGCUGCAAGCGAGACUCUCCCCGGGUUCGAGCAGGUAUCAUCCAGGUCCUUUUGGAGGCGGUGGCCAUUGCUGCAAAGGGAUCCAUUGGCCCAACUGUCCUGGAGGUGUUCAACACUCUGCUGAAGCACCUGAGCCUGAGUGUGGAUUUUGAACUGGGCAGCAGGCGUGGCUCCACCGGCAGUACAAGCCUCAGCAUACGCUCAAAGGAGACCGACGAGAAGAUUGUCCAGAAUGCCAUCAUUCAAACCAUCGGUUUCUUUGGAAGCAACCUCCCAGAUUACCAGCGGUCUGAGAUUAUGAUGUUCGUUAUGGGGAAAGUGCCUGUGUUUGGGACAUCGUCUCAGACCUUGGACACCAGCCAGCUGGGGGAUUUGGGGACCAGGAGGAUCCAGAUCAUGUUGCUACGGUCUUUGCUUAUGGUCACCUCAGGGUACAAGGCCAAAAGCAUUGCGACGGCCCUCUCCGCCCCGUUUCUGGAUCCUCUGCUGUCGUCUUCACUCAUGGAAGACUCCGAGCUCCGGCAGCUGGUGCUGGAAAUCCUACACAACCUUAUUGAUCGGCACGACAACAGAGCAAAACUUCGAGGGAUAAGGAUAAUACCUGAUGUGUCCGAUCUGAAGAUAAAGCGAGACAAAAUUUCACGGCAGGAUGUGAGCUUCAUGAAGAAGCACGGCCAGCAGUUGUACAGGCACGUUUACUUGGGCUGCAAAGAAGAUGAGAACGUGCACAAGAAUUUUGAGCUGCUCUACACAUCUCUAGCUCUGAUAACCAUCGAACUAGCAAACGAAGAGGUGGUCACGGACCUCAUCCGGCUGGCCAUUGCCUUGCAGGAUAUUGCCAUCCUUAACGAGGACAGCCUGACGAUGUUCAACCGCUGCAGCAUCAUGGCGCUGGUCGCCGCAUACCUCAACUUCCUCAGUCAGAUGAUUGCCGUGCCCGCCUUCUGCCAGCACAUCAGCAAGGUCAUUGAAACUAGAACUGUGGAAGCUCCAUACUUUUUGCCAGAAACCAUAUUCCGAGACAAGUGCAGUCUUCCCCAAACCUUAGACAAGGAUGAAAAGAACUUGUUUUUCCUGACUCACAAGAUUGCUGAAUCCUUGGGUGGCAGUGGAUAUAGUGUGGAGAGGCUGACCGUACCUUACGUGCCCCAGGUGACAGAUGAAGACCGGCUGUCGCGGAGGAAGAGCAUUGUGGAUACUGUGUCUAUCCAGGUGGACAUCCUUCCUGGCAACGGCACUGAGGAUAAGGUCAACAACAUGGAGGAAAUUACCUUUGAAGCUCUGAAGAAGGCUAUAGAUAACACCGGUCUCGAAGAGCAGGAGAAGGAGAAGAGGCGCCUGGUGAUCGAGAAGUUCCAGAAAGCGCCCUUUGAAGAGAUCGCUGCCCAGUGUGAAACCAAGGCCAACCUCCUUCACGACCGGCUGGCUCAGAUCUUGGAGCUCACCAUCCGGCCGCCUCCCAGUCCCUCUGGGACGUUGACUAUCACCGCCGGACACCCCCACUACCAAUCCGUUCCAGUCUAUGAGAUGAAGUUUCCAGAUCUUUUUUGACAGCGCAAUCACAGCUCUUAGUGGAUGACGAAACAGCCUCUUUCGUACGACAUUCCCCUGUGAUUGCUGCUGCUCCUCCACCCUUCCACCCUGCUCAGCCCAGAGGCAGCGCCCCCUCCCAGGACGCAGUGCCGUUUCCUUGGCACCCUUAGCUUCCACAUUUUGGUUUUGGAAGGUAAGAUGUCUUGGCGUCUGAUGUCAUCCAAGUGGUGUUUCCGAGGUCAGCACGCACAUAAAGGAGCUCAUAACCCACGCUGCUGUCUUUUUUAAAAGUAUGACUGCUUUGGUACAACAGGGAAUUGUCCAAAAGGAAAGAAUGCUGUUUAAUUUGCACUCGUGCAGUCUGUGGACAGUGCUGCUAUCCAAGUCAGCUGUUGCCCCACUCAGCUCUGCAUGCAACAGAUGCCUCGCAUUUCAUGUCCCAUUGGCUUUGUAGUCUCAGACGAGUUGUUUUCGUAUUUUUUGUUGUAUUACACAGUGGACUUCUGCAUUUCCAAAACUGAUGUAGCGCUUCAGCAUUUAAUAGGGGUGGAGAAGAACGCAAGCGGGAAUUUCCGUCAUUGGUGGUGUUUGGGCCAGCUGGAGCUGCAAAACAGCUGCUGUGCUGUGUCCAAAACAGUCAUUCCUUUGACAACUGUACAGGCAUGGGAAAGCACAGUGUCCUAUGUAUUGGCCUGACAGCAGUCAAGGAAGUCAGAUUGGUUGGUUAACACAACUGUAUUCCUUUGAAUCGAUCAACUUUUGGGGGAGCUUAUGUUUAAAAAGGCCAUGUGCUUGACCAGCUGUGUUUGUGACAGUGUGGGCGCUGUAUGAAUGUUUGUCACUUGCGAGUCCUGCUGGUAUUUGUAUGUAUUCUAGCUCAUAACUUGGCAUUUCAGCUGAAUAAGUUUAAAAGAAUGCAUAGCUUUUCAUAGCAACUUUAUUUCAAGGCAUAAAUUAAAACACAGAACAGAGAAUGACUUGUCUAUUUUACUAAUGCUUAGAUAUGUAUUCUGCACUUUCUGUAAUGAACCAUUUGACUCAAUGUAAGAACACUGUGCAAUCCAAAUGUAAGCAAUAAAAUAAACCAAAUAAGCAAAA